ACGUGUACGUGCGCGCUCACGUCCAACGCGUGGUUCUCUCACACUGCUGCAAGUAGUGAAGAGAAGUCUUCAAUUUUAUAUAAGGCCCUCGGCCUUCUUUUACAUGUUUUAAUUGAAAUUAACCACUCUGCGUCUUAGACUAAAGCCGUUUUGGUCUAGGGGUGGAGUGGAGACGGUAAGCAGGCUCGUCGUUGGAAGAGAACAAACAUUUUUGCCAGCACAUUGCGGUAAAAUUGAGGUGUGUUAGAGAAAUGGCCACUGAGGUGGAGACUCUCCUGCCAAACAAUCCUCUGCUCAAACAGGGGGAUCAGGACCACGAGGACAGAUGCCAGGCUGAUAUAGAGGGAGCUUCUGAACCUAACAUGAAGGAGCAAAGUUUCAAAUUAUCAAAAGAGGAAAACGACAGUCAAGCGAAGGUUAACUUAAAUCAAGAAGAGCACCCUGGUGAAAGUGAAGAUCAGGAGAGAGCGGAUAAAAAGGAGUUUACAGCAGCACCGCCGCCUAAAGUGAACCCAUGGACCAAGAAAAUGAACACCGUGAGCAGCGUCAACGGCCAGACACAGCAUGAGCAUUCUGGACCCACCAAGGUUGUAAGGGCAGGACAUACAAGAGCGAGGCGAGGAGCAAAGGUUGGGGACUUUGGAGAUACAAACAAUUGGCCCACACCCGGAGAGAUUGCAACAAAAGAAGUCCAGUGUCUGGACGUGAAGAAGUCAGUGGUCAAAAGAGAAUCGAAAGAAAAGAAGGAAAAUGAAGAAAGUAAGGAAAACCUAAAAGCUAAAUCGGAUGACUCUGGAGAGGAGAAAAAUACGGAUGAAGAGUCUCAGAAAAAUGGACAAAAAAAGAGAGGAAAUAAGCACAAGUGGGUGCCUCUUAUGAUUGAGGUUAAGUCUGAGGGUCCACGUGAGCGCUCUGCCUCCAGGAAUAACACACGGCAAAAUGACGGGCAUAGAAUUCCCCCGAACAACAGAAACGACUUGAGAGACUGGCACAGUGUAAAGUACGAUCAUGAGUUUAAGGAUGACCAUGAUGAGGUGUCUAGUGUGAAGAGCGAAGGUGCACCCUACAGAACCCCUCUCAGAGGACGUGGCCGUGGCAGAGGAAGAGGCAGAGGCAGAGGCAGAGGUGCUAACAGAGGUUUUGACUACUAUGGCUAUAAAGGCUAUGAUGGCAAAGAUGAUGCCUAUGGUCAGAAGUUCAAUAGCACAGUUACCUACUAUUAUGACAACAUGAGCAGCACUGACCUUUAUACUGGGGACCAGGACACGCUGAAGGACUACAUCAAGAGACAGAUUGAAUACUACUUUAGCAUUGACAACCUGGAGAGGGAUUUUUUCCUGCGCAGGAAGAUGGAUGAGGAAGGCUUCCUUCCCAUUGCUUUGAUUGCAGAUUUCCACCGCGUCCAAGCUCUCACUACAGACGUCAACCUUAUUCUUGAGGCCCUGAAGGGCAGUAAAGAAGUGGAGAUCAUAGAUAUGAAGAUUCGGAGAAUGGAGGACCCUGCAAAAUGGCCUCUACCUGGGUUUGCUUUACCAGAUCAGUCUGUGACAGAUUUUACUCAGUUCAUCAACUGCGCAGAGUUUGUUCCCAGGAAUGUUGUGGACCACCAGACAGGUUCUCCAAGAGCAUCCACAUCUGUGCAGUCCAAGUCAGAAGGCAUCAGCAAUCUCAAGACCAUGCCAAAGGGCCUGUCGGCCAGUCUACCUGAUCUAGACUCUGAGUCAUGGAUUGAAGUUAAAAAGAGGCCUCGACCUUCGCCUGCUCGACCCAAGAAAGCAGAAGAGGCUCGUCCACCUGUACAGUCUGGCCCAGCAGCAGGUGAAGAACAGGAUGAACCAGAGGAGCUGGACUUCAUGUUUGAUGAGGAAAUGGAGCAGAUGGAUGGUCGACGCAAUACUUUUACUGACUGGUCAGAUGAGGAUUCGGACUGUGAAAUCGACGACAGAGACGUCAACAAGAUUCUAAUUGUUACUCAAACGCCACCUUACCUACGUAAACAUCCUGGAGGGGACCGCACGGGAAAUCACACUUCGCGGUCAAAACUAUCCAGCGAACUGGUCAAAACCAUUAACGAUGGCCUUUACUACUAUGAACAGGACCUUUGGGAUGAUGCAUAUGAACCAGAGUAUGCUACUAUCAAGCAAGAAGUUGAGAACUUCAAGAAGGUGCAUUUGAUCAGCAGAGAGCAGUUUGACUGCCUAACCCCGGAACCACCUGUUGACCCCAACCAGGAGGUUCCUCCAGGACCACCCCAACCUCAGCAGAUCCCCACAGAAGCCCUGGCCAACAAACUGUUUGGAGCUCCGGAACCAUCUGCUAUUGCACGCUCUCUUCCAACUACAGUGCCUGACUCACCUAACUACCGCAGUGCCCGCACACCGCGAACACCUCGUACCCCGCGGCUAAAGGACCCCACGCAGACACCACGUUUCUACCCUGUGGUAAAAGAUGGGCGACCGCUGGAUGCCAAAACGCCCCGCAAAAGAAAGACACGACACAGCUCCAAUCCACCUAUGGAGUGCCAUGUUGGUUGGGUAAUGGACUCGAGAGAGCAUCGCUCACGAACAGCCUCCGUCAGUUCAAAUGCGAGUCCAUCAGAAAGCACCACAGCAGUGGGCAAUUAUGGCUGCACACCGCAGUCUCUGCCCAAAUUCCAGCACCCCUCUCAUGAGUUGCUCAAGGAGAACGGAUUCACGCAACAUGUUUAUCAUAAGUACCGCAGGCGUUCCCUGAAUGAGCGAAAGCGGCUGGGGAUUGGCCAGUCUCAGGAAAUGAACACAUUGUUUCGCUUUUGGUCGUUCUUCUUGAGAGAUCACUUCAACAGAAAGAUGUAUGAGGAAUUCAGACAGCUGGUGGUGGAGGAUGGAAAAGAAGGAUACAGGUACGGUCUGGAGUGUCUCUUCCGGUUUUAUAGCUAUGGAUUGGAGAGAAAGUUCAGGCCGGACAUAUUUAAGGACUUUCAAGAGGAGACCCUUAAGGACUAUGAAGCAGGCCAGCUAUAUGGACUUGAAAAGUUUUGGGCGUUUCUUAAAUACUCAAAAAUAAAGAAUAUGGAAAUUGACCCUAAGCUUCAGGAACAUUUAAGCAAGUUUAAACGCUUGGAGGACUUCAGAGUGGAUCCCCCCAUGGAAGAAGGAGGGCGAAAGAGACAUCCUUCCGGUGGCGAUGGACGGCGCCGCCAUCCAUCACAGCAAUCCAGCCGAUCCCAAACACAGCUUGGUUCAGGUCCCGCCCAGCCUGUCGGAGGCCCUUCCACUAGAGAUGAUGCCAAAAACACAAGUUACCGAGCGCCUGCGCAAGACACAAAGCCUCCAAAGUGAUCGGUCACCUGCCCUUGCGCUUAUCUGCGGUUAAAACUUGACCCCACAAGCAUGCAACAACAACUUGCCAACAAAUGGCUCAUGAUUGUGACAUCACUGCUCUUCCACCAUCACCUCAUUCAUAUCUGAAAACAUUUCUACAUCAGAGAAAGACCAGAGGGCAUGAGAAGUUCUUCCAUUCUUUGUUUUAUUCAAGAAUUUAAGUAGUUUUAUUCCUAUUGUGUCAUGUUGGGGUAGAAUAAGGCUUUUGUUUGAUCUUUCUGAAAACUACUCUGCAGUGGUCCUUUAUAUAUUCAGCAGAAUUGCCAUUUUAUUUGUCUGAGUUAUGCGCGAUUCCACCCUGACCUUCAUUUUUAUUUUUUUCUGGAGCAUAAAGGUUGUGUUAUAUGAAGUGGUUUCUCUUAACUAGAAUAGGUACUAGAUGAGACAAACUGAUUAAAAAAACAAAAUGAUGCAAAACUCUGAUCUGCAGAUGAUUUAUGUCGCGCUUUUUGGGGUCCUCGCAACAUUUUCUUGCCAAUAAACCCGCAGGGGUCAUGAUGUAAUGUUGACAUCACUGUGACAUGAACAUCUGACCAUACACUGACUCACCCCGCUUGGACUCCUCUUCCACGUUUCGCCGUCUGUUACAGGAGAGGCGGAUGUUUAGCGUCCAGCCUCCUCAUGGACACGGGUUUCCUCACUCGUUAUCAUGAUUUAAAGAGCAGUGAGGUUAGGAGUUUUCUUUGCGCAUGUGCUGCUUGGAUUUUGGAGGUGUCUGCAGUAAAGCUCGUAUCUUCAUAUGAACUCGCUGAGAAACGGAAAUUAACCAUUGCUCAUUAUGAACGGAGGAAUGCUGCUUUUAGUAGGUGGCUUGUUCUGUUUACAUCACCGUCACGCAAAGUGUUCUGUGUCCCCAGCUGAAUGGGAAUCAUUUUCAGUACAGUUCAAGUGUUAAUCCUAGUGUAAAUAUAAAUUCAUGAAAUUAUGAGACAUUUACACCACCUGGUCGUAACGUGUUGUUUUAUUGUUUAUAGAGCAGAUGGAUAUAUGCCUUACAUGUUCACCUUUUUAUGCUCUUAAAUGAACUUUUAGUCUUUUAAUGUGUUUUGUUUUUGACUGUAUUCUAGCUUGGCUGUUAAUAUGGGUAUGUUUUAGUAUCAUAUCUCACGGUUCUUUACAGCGGUGUAGACAUCCAAAACAGUAUGAUGGUCUGAAAAAAGGAAAACUGACCUCAGGUUAUCAACUGGAAUCGCGUGAAGACAAACUUUUUGUUGAUCAUAUAUGACACGAGUGAUGCGCUUGUGUAGCCUUUGAAAUCGCUGCCAACCGGAUUUGGACCAUAAGCAAUAUUCCAAUCACUGAUCUAAUUUAUGGAGUUUAACAUUAAAUUUAGUUUGCAUAUCAAAGUGUACUCUUUUUGUCAGCUGAAAAGUAUUGGCUUGUUUUUUUUUUCUUGAAACAUUCUCUCCAGCUCUCGUUUUUGCUAUUAUUAUUACUGCAAGAAAUUGGAUAAUUCCCAUCUGUUUUCUGUUUGUGUUCUUCAUUCAUAGCAGCUGUGAUCAAAUCCUGAUGAGAAAUCUCUUGUGAUAGUAUAAAAGAUCUUUUACCUAACAAAAAAUGGAUAAAAAAAGCUUGCUAGCUGAAAAGUCCUCUGAGAGGAAAAGCGGCUUGAAAUUGUGUUCGUGUAGAUUUGUGUUCUUGUACGAGAGCGUUUUGGUGCAUCUUGUUGUGGAUAUUAAGACUUUUAUGGCUAGGAUAACUGGGUGAAACAAAAUAAAUAUCCAUAGAGCCAUAAUAAUAGCUGCACAUGUUUUAUGAAAAUUAAAACUCAAUAGUAGUCAUUGGCUUAUUGACAGAAGAAACGUAAAAUAUGGUGAAAUCUUGUCAUAUUCAUAAUAACUGAAUUAUAGGCGGGUGUAAUUUGCUUUUAGUGAUUUGUUAUUUGUAGUUGAUUUGCUUUUCCUAAUAAACAAGAAGAUUUAUAAAAUAGUAAAAA